AUGGGUGUUAUGACAGUAUGUUUACACAUAUUUAUUAGUACUAUAUUAAUGUGCAUUUUAUCUAUUUUCGCAGCAUUUAUUGGUAUAUUGAAAUGGUGUGAUGUCACUUUUCAAUUUAUAAUGAAAUCAUUACUAUUGCCAAUAUUAAAGCAAGUAAACAAUAAUGCUGAUGAAACAAUCAUUCAAAGAUUGAUAGAACAUAUACGUUCAGCAACAGCAUUGUACUAUGCAAACGUUCAUCAUUUAUUAACUUUAAAAUUGUGCAUUAUCUAUGCUAAACUUAAAACAACAGAACUUCAUCAGAUAAUAAACAUUCCUAUUAAAAACCAACUGAAGUUAUUAAUUGCUAAUUAUCAUUCUGUGGCGUCUAAUGAAGCGGAUAGUGUGAUUUUAGCAACUUUAAUGCCUUUGCUUUCAUGCUGUGGUUACUUUAAUGGUGAAGAUUUUGAAAAAUCACGAUUUGUUCGUAAUGAAUUUUAUCAGAAUAUGGAAUAUCCAGACAUUCAGUAUCCAAUCUCAUGUUGUCAAUUGGAUUCGAAAUUCUCUUUAAGAUAUUCUUCAUGUCCAAAUUACUUUGCUGAAUCAAAUAGCUUUAUUCAAAUUGGUUGUUGGAAUAAAUUAAAUGAUUUAAUUCUACUUAUUCGACAUGCUAUGAUAUUAGUUAUAGUUGGUAAAAUUGGAAUAUUGUUCAUUCUGUCAGGAUUUUCAUCAUUAGAAAUAAUUCCACGUAAAACAACUUUUGUUUAUCCAUAA